AUGCGACCAGAGAUCCCCCAGUGUGUGGACGAUCUCCUUCACCUCCUUGGAGCAGACUGCUUUGCACACAGCCUAAGCAAACAGCAAACAUCAGUUUCUGAUGUCAGGAAAAAGAGCAAUGGCUAUUCGGACGCACAAGGCUACCGCCCAGACGAGCCACUUCUACACGUUUCGAUACACCUCGACGCAGUGAACGCCGAGAUGGGUAGCGUACACGACCUGAGGGCCAGUUUCUUUCAGGUCGAGCUCCCAGAAAGAGAUCAAGAAAGCUCCGUCUUACCAGAUCCGAAUAGCGGUACACAGUGGUGCUUGACGCGGCCUCCGAUGGGACACUUGGCCUCACCGGAAAUCGUGCAAAUCCUCACGUCCACCGUGGCAGGCCGUCCGAAGUGUGCGGGCAAAAGGAUCACCGUGAACGGCCAGCCCUGA